UGAUGGUGAUAAUCUGCCCAUGAUGGAGCAAAGUCUAACGGGUCGUAAAGUGAUGAACACUUAGGACACUUCCUUGUUUCUGUCAUACAAACGGAUGGAAAAAUAACGUUUGGACACAUGCCUGUGGUACAAAAGGGGUUGGCAAAAUGGUGAUGUUAAAAAAGGGGGACCACGUCUGGAUUGAGUCCAGCAUUGGGGUCCCUAUUGGAGGUUAUGUGAAGAUCUCAGGCAGUGGACAGUAUUGCCUUAUUGACGAUGAUGGAAAGGAGCACUCGAUCCCAGAGGGGGAUCGGGCCGCUCUGAAGCCCAUGCACCCCACAUCAGUGGAGGGUGUGAAUGACAUGAUUUGCCUGGGAGACCUCAGUGAAGCCGGUUUACUCAGAAACCUGCUCCUGCGCCACAAACAGGGCAUUAUUUAUACAUAUAUUGGCUCUGUUCUCGUGGCGAUGAAUCCCUAUGAGAUGCUGCCUAUCUACACGGCGGACCAGGUACAGCAGUAUCAUGGACGUAAACUGGGAGAGCUUCCUCCGCAUAUCUUCGCCAUCGCUGACAGCUGUUACUUCAACAUGCGCCGCAACAAACGCAACCAGUGCUGCAUCAUCAGUGGAGAAUCUGGAGCAGGAAAGACAGAAAGCACAAAGCUGAUUCUUCAGUUUUUGGCUGCCGUGAGCGGACAGCACUCCUGGAUCGAGCAGCAGAUCAUACAGGCUAACCCCAUCCUGGAGGCCUUCGGAAAUGCCAAAACCAUUCGUAAUGACAACUCCAGUCGCUUUGGGAAAUAUGUGGAGAUCUUCUUUAAUAAGGAGGGUGUUAUAGAGGGAGCUCACAUGGAGCAGUACCUGCUGGAGAAGUCCCGUGUGUGUCAUCAAGCACCGCAGGAAAGGAACUACCACAUAUUUUACUGUAUGUUAGCUGGGAUGCAAAGUGAUCAUAAGAAGACUCUCUCCCUUGGUGAUGCAUCAGAGUUCAAUUACCUGACUGAGGGGGAUUGUUUGACUUGUGAUGGUCGGGACGAUGCUGAUGAGUUCGCACGGAUUCGUUCCGCUCUGAAGGUCCUCACUUUCUCAGACAGGGACUGCUGGGAAAUCUUCAAAUUACUCGCUGCCAUCCUCCACAUGGGCAAUAUUGACUUUCAGAGCACUAUAAUGAAUAACAUGGACAGCUGUGACGUUCUGUCCUCCAGUCACUUCUCUGUAAUUGCCAAGUUGUUGGAGGUGGAUGAUGCUGCUCUCGAUAAGAGUCUGACCCAUCGCUCCUUCAUGACAAACAGAGAGAUGGUCACUAAACCUCUCAGCUCAGAACAGGCCACAGACACCAGAGAUGCCUUCGCCAAGGCUCUGUACGGAAGGUUGUUUGUUUGGAUGUUCACAAAAAUUAACAGCGCCAUUCACAAACCCCAGACUGAUGAGCCCUCUUACACGCGCCAGUCUAUUGGUCUGCUUGACAUUUUUGGCUUUGAGAAUUUCCCUCAAAACAGUUUUGAACAGCUGUGCAUCAAUUACGCCAAUGAGCAUCUGCAGCAGUUUUUUGUGAGGCAUGUCUUCAAGCUGGAGCAGGACGAGUACAGCAAAGAAGGCAUUUCAUGGAAGCGCAUUACUUUCAAUGACAACCAGAAAACCCUGGACCUACUAGCCCUUAAACCUCUUAACAUACUGGCUCUGAUUGAUGAGGAGAGCCAUUUCCCUAAGGGGACAGAUGCUACGAUGCUAAACAAACUGAGCCAAGAACACAAAGGCAACAAACUUUACAUUUCAUCCAGGGGCGACCAUGGCAUACAUUUUGGAGUUCAACACUUUGCUGGGUUGGUUUAUUAUGACUGCGAAGGUUUUCUGGAGAAGAACAGAGAUACUGUGAGCAUGGACAUCUUGGAGCUGAUUCGAAAAUCUUCCAACAAGUUGCUCAAACAGAUCUUUGAGAAAGAGAUCAAUGUAAACUCGGUGAAGAAUUCGAACAAAAUGAACAAAGCUGUCAUGACGCCAAAGAAUUCAUUACGACAAGUCAAUGAAUCAAGGAGGCAGAUUUCAACUCUGAGCGGCCAGUUUCGCCAGUCUCUGGACUCUCUGAUGAAGGCCCUUUCUCUCUGUCAACCCUUCUUCAUACGCUGCUUCAAACCAAAUGACAAAAAGAUGCCCAUGGUUUUUAACAGAGAGCUCUGCAUGCAGCAACUUCGCUACUCUGGAAUGCUGGAGACCAUCAGGAUACGCAAGUUGGGAUAUCCCAUCCGACACACCUUCAAGGACUUCCUGCAUCGCUACCGUGCACUCCUGAAGUCCAUUGACUGCGACCCCAACACUGAGCCUGCUGCCAACUGCUGCGCUGCCAUCUGCAGAACUUUAAUCAAAGACGAAGAGGACUGGAAGAUUGGCAAAACCAAAGUCUUCCUCAGGGGUCAUCAUGACACUUACCUAGAACUGGAGCGAGAGCAGGAGCUUAACAGGAAGGCUCUCAUCAUCCAGAGAGUGCUGCUCGCUUAUAAAGACAGAAAAAACUUUAUAAACAAAAGGAAGGCAGCUCAGGUUUUGCAGAAGAACUGGCGUGGCUACAAAGAAAAGAGGGACUUUAACACAGUCAAGCAGGGAUUUGCUCGGCUGCAGGCGAAAGUGCGCAGUCGGAAGCUCCAUGAAGAGUACAUGCGCAGACGGUCUGCAGCCAUCGUUCUGCAAACACAGACCCGUGGCUUACUCGCUAGGAAAGAGCUGAAAUCUAAAAAAGAGGCAGUGAUUCUGCUGCAGGCACAGACCAGAGGACUGCUGGCCAGGAAAAGCCUCAAGAGAAUGAAAUCAGAGGAGUUUUUGACUGCGCAAGAAAAACAAGCUCAGGAACUGGCAGCUUUGGAGCUUCAGCAGCGGUUGGAGGAGCUGCUCAGAAAAAACGAAGAAACUGCCAAAUCCCAGAAUAAAGAAGAUGAAGAAAUGGUGGAGAAUAUUUUCAACUUCCUCCCGACUGCAAUCGCAGGACAAGAGGGCCCGGCUCCUGAGGGUUUCGAGGAAUUUGAAGCAGAACCGGCAAAAUUAGAGGAGGUUGAAUUAAUCGAGAGCCCUGUGGUGGAGACCAAGGUGAUGUCAAUUCCAGAAAGCAGUGAAGACCAAGAGAAAGAAGAAGAGGAGGAGGAAGAGGACGAUGAGUUCUCUUUCUCGAAAUUUGCAUCUCUACACUUUCAAGGAGCUUCUACCCACUCGUAUAUCCAGCAGAGAUUACGGCAACCGCUGCUCUACCAUGAGGACGAAGGCGAUACCCUGGCCUGUUUGACAGUAUGGUGGAUUAUACUGAGAUUUAUGGGAGAUCUUCCAGAGCCGAAGCAAGAACGUGUUUCUGCUAUAGCCGACCCCAUUCAGAGGAACCUCGGGCAGAGACAAGCACGGCGACUCAGUAAUCUUGUUGGAUUAGAUCAGAAAUUUUUAAGAAAGAAAAUGAAGCAGCAGAAAGGGGGAGGGAAACGAAAACACUCCGCCAUUCCUGAAGAAGAGACAGAAGAAGAACCAAAACCUCAAAUGGAGGCUGUUCAGGAGGAGCAGGUUGUGCUGUUUGGAGAGGGACCAACUUUUGAUCGUCCAAUGACACCCUUGGAGAAACUGCACAUUAUUGUGGGAUACGCCAUUGUCCGACCGGACAUAAGAGAUGAAAUCUAUUGUCAGAUCUGCAAGCAGCUGACAGGCAAUAAAAACCGCAAAAGUGUAAACAGAGGCUGGAUCCUUCUGUCCAUCUGUCUUGGUAUCUUUUCUCCUACAGACCGGCUCACUAAGUAUCUGCAAAGCUUUAUACGCCGUGGGCCAAAUGAGUACUCUGCCUACUGUGCAGAGCGGCUGCGGAGGACUCUAGCCAAUGGAGAAAGAAAUGAGCCACCAUGUUGGGUUGAACUACAGUCUGUAGAGAAUAAGAAUCCCAUUGGAGUGGCUGUGGGUCUGAUGGAUGGCAGAAACAUCAGCCUCACUGUGGACUCUGCCAGCAGUUCUGCAGAGGUGUGCACUGCCAUCAUCCAGAAGACAAACCUGCAGGACAGUUUCGGCUUUUCCCUGUAUGCCGCAAUAUAUGAGAAGAUGUGGUCUCUUGGCAGUGGCAGUCAGCACAUUCUGGACGCCGUGUCUAUGUGUGAGCAGGAAGAAAAGAGGCAAGGGCGAGAGGAGCAACACGCUCCCUGGCGCCUCUACUUUCGCAAAGAGAUCUUCACACCAUGGCAUGACUGUUCAUCUGACCAAAUCAGCACAGAGCUCAUCUACCGGCAGAUCAUCCAUGGACUCAAACACGGAGAAUAUCUGUCUGAUAAGGAGGAUGAUUAUGUGCAGCUCGCAGCCAAACAUUAUUAUGUUCAGCACGGCUCUGAAAGCAGUUUGGAAAUUGCUCAGAAGAUUGUUCGCGAGAGCAUGAAUAUGACAAUAAUCGAGAACAAGUCUUUGGUCAAACUAGUGCAGAUGGUGAAUUCUGCACACACACAGGGUCCCUACAUAAACACUAACACACCAGUCUACAAAGUGAAAUCAGAGACUGUUGAAUAUGCACGACAGAAGUGGCCAAUCCAUUUCUCCAAGUUAUAUGAGGCUCAAGUGAUUUCAGGUCCUUCAGUUCCUCAAGACCAGUUUGUAGUUGUGGUGAACUGGAAAGGAGUCUUCUUUCAGGAAGAGACAGAAGGCGAAUUCCUGCAGCUCUCGUAUCCUGAAGUGUCGAGAAUUGAAAUAGUGAGUGAGGACAGGUCUGGUGGGAUGGUGUGUUUGACGACUCCAAAGGGGGUGUAUGAGCUGAAGAUUGUGAAAGGAAAAGAAUUAGUGGAUCUGGUCAACAUGUUCAUCUCAGGCCUUAAAGAGAGAUCCCUGUACGCUGUGGCAAUACAAGACCUCAGCAGACAAGAGGAUCCCACAUUGCUGAGCUACAGACGGGGCGAUGUGCUGUAUAUCAUAAAGGAUGGAGAAUAUUCUCUUGAAGAAGGCUGGAUAAAAGCAAGAAAUGAGAGGACAAGUCAAACUGGGGCAGUUUCCUUAGAUGCUAUUCAGAUUCUUCCCAUGUUAACCAGGCCUACAGAAGAGACACUGAAUUUGCUGAAUUUGAGCCCAGCACGGAGGAAGUCAGUGAUGCCGGUGUUGCCACAGAAGGAGGAGCUCAGCACAGAGAGAGUGGCCCACAUGACGCUCAAGGAGUUCUCCUUUGAUUAUUUCAGGGAUCCAGUUAAUGAAGGCCGUCGUGGCAAAGGAGGCAAAGAGAAACUGUGGGCCAACAGUAAAGAGCCUCUCAAACAACCACUUAUCAGGAAUCUGCAAGGCAACUCAGAGCUCUGCCACCUUGCUUCUGACUCCUUCACAGCUAUCCUUAAAUAUAUGGGAGAUUAUCCAGUCAAGCAUGUGCGGACGCCCAUAGAUCUAACAAACCAGAUCUUUGGGCCGGCAACAGCACACGUCGAACUUAGAGAUGAAAUCUACUGUCAAAUAAUGAAGCAGAUGACCAACAACAGAAAUGGGUUGAGUAUGGAACGAGGCUGGCAGCUGUUGUGGCUGUGCUGUGGUCUCUUCCCGCCAAGUCAGUUGUUAUUGAGGCACGCUCAACGUUUUCUGGAGUCCAGACCCAGAGAGCCGCUGGCUUCUGCCUGCCUGCAGAGGAUGCAAGCUAUGCUCAGUAUUGAGGGAAGGAAGUUGCCUCCUCACCAGGUGGAAGUAGAUGCCAUUCAGAAUAACAGCACUCAGAUCUUCCAUAAAGUCCAUUUCCCCAAUGAUACAUCUGAAAUAUUUGAGGUGACCACCACCACCAGGAUCAAAGACUUGUGUCGCAACAUUGCCAAAGACCUCCGCCUGUCCUCACCAGAGGGUUACAGCCUGUUUGUGAAAACCUCCACAAAGGUAGAGAGUAUGAAUUCUGAGGAAUACUUUUUUGACAACCUCAGGCAACUCACAGAUGUUACCAAAAAAGGAAAGAAAGUCAGGGAAGCUACUCCAACUAUUGUCCCGUACCUGGUACUCUUCAUGAGGAAGCUCUGGUUUAAUGUGAUCCCAGGGAAAGAUAUAACUGCUGACUUAAUGUUCAACUUUCCUCAGGAAUUGCCAAAGUAUCUGCGGGGAUACCAUAGUGUGUCUAAAGAGGACAUGAUCGCUCUAGGUGGACUGUUGUUUCGGACUCGGGUUGAUGCAGAUAAGUCUCAGUUUGUCAUGAUCCCCAGAAUGCUGAAAGAACUGGUGCCUGCUGAUCAGCAGAAGAUCAUGACUGCUGAGGACUGGAAAAAGCACAUCAUCAGUUCAUACAACAAGCAGGCAGGCAUGAGUGUAGACGAAGCCAAACUGCAGUUUCUGAAAACAGUCUCACCAUGGCCAACCUUUGGAUGUGCUUUCUUCGAAGUAAAGCAAACCUCUGAGAAAAAUUACCCCAGUGUUAUCAUGAUAUCAAUCAGCAAACAAGGAAUCAGUCUUAUCAACACAAAAACAAAGGAGGUGCUCGCGGCGCAUCUGUUCAGUAAGAUCACAUCCUGGUCCAGUGGAAGCACCUAUUUUCACAUGACCAUCGGCAACCUGGUGCAGGGCAAUACUCUGCUCUGUGAGACCUCACAGGGUUAUAAAAUAAGUGACCUCCUGUCAUCCUACAAGAAUCUGUAUGUAUCUGUGUCUGGAUCAUACGCCAGUGGUGCGGCCAGAAAUCAGCGAUUUGCCUGAAUCAUCGCCAAGUACAAUUUUAAUACAUGAUUAUAGCACUUUUAUUUUAAAUUAUUCCCCAUAAUAAUUGUGGAACAUAAGAUACAAUAGGAAUAACUGCAGGAAAUUAGUUUUCACUUUUUAAUAUGUAACAAUUACAAGUAUAUACACCCGUCAGUGAAUCAGCUGUUGCUUGCUGCUGCUUCUUUAUGCAUAUAUAUUUUAAAUAAUUUUUUUUUAGGCUUGACUAUUUAUUAUUGUUUCAAUAGUCCACCUUUUCAUUGACUUUGCAUGGCAACGUUACACCAGGUGGCAGUGUUGUUGCAGUUUAAUUCUAAUCUGUCUAAUAUUGCUUUGAACAACCAUAUUAAAAAAUGUAAAAUGCAAACAUCUAAAA